CGCAGUAAUCAAACAGGUUCCUGCGCUCAAAUCUUGAAUAUUGCGGCAGCCCCCGCCCUGGGCUGGGGACCCUCUUGCGUCUGUUUUCCAGAAAACUCAAGAGCCGUCCUGGCAGAAAGACCCAAGCUGCACUACCCCGACGGUAGAGGCCGCAUGGAGUCCGACAGAUGGGUCCCGGCCGCCGCCGGAGUGGGUCUUGACAAGGAAUUUCUGGAAACGAAAGAGCAAUUACAGAAGCUGAGAAUGGUAUGAAUAUGAAACAACCACCUGCUGUUCCAUCAAGUGUCCGUGGUUGAAAUCGAUGGGCAGAAGUUGGUGCUGACCUGAGACAUCCUUCAUUACAUGGCUGAGAAGCACCAGCUCUUUGGCAGGGGCCUCAAGGAGAGAACCCUGAUCAACACAUAUGUGGAGGGGACGCUGGAUCUCUUGGCACUGCUUAUCAUGCAUCCUUUCUUACAACCAGAGAAGCAACAAAAAGAAGUGGUUCACAUGGCUCCGAAGGCUGUAGUUAGAUAUUUCCCAGUGUUUGAAAAGGUAGGUAGCAGAGAAGCUCAAGAGCACAGUGUAACUGUACCACAAGCAGCUGACAGGGAUUCCUCACUGCCCAGGGAGGAGAAAGCUGAGCAAAGACCUAACAGACUCCUCACAGCUAACAGCGGCCGUCAGCAUGGAGCCCCCGGGCUCUAUGAGCCACAGAGUAUGAACACCACUGCUCUGCAGUCGGGAACUGCAGCCUCACCCCGUGUGUACAUUAUUAUCCGUGCAUACCACAAGUGCCACCCCGUGUGA